GGCUGCUGCAGACGGCUCUCAGCAUCGGCGCUCGCAUCGUCAGUCUCUCGUUUGUCAAGAGCCGCGUCAACCGCGAUCCCGAGGUCGAGGACUUCAAGCUGCCCGAGUACGACGCCUUCCCGCGCGUCGCCGACGCUUCGCCGGUCAAGGCCUGACGGCGCAGCAGACGACCCGAUGCCCACUUCACGACACGCGCCCCGAGCUAUCCAUCAUACCACCUCUCUCGCAUCGCCUCGUCAUACCGCUUCUCAGCUUCUGUCGGGGCGCAGCUCGCGCUACCCUGCUACGAGGGCCGUCAUCUGUAGAAAUCUGAUUCUUCACUGUGCCGCAGAAGGGAGUCGAUCGUGGAGGCUGGCAGUACGGUGCGAGACGAGGGAAGACGAGGAUCAGAAAGACUUGCUGAGGAGUCGGGAGAGUGAUGCCGAGGAAGGGAGCCUGACGUGGAUGAUGCCGCACGAGAUCGGCAGGGCGCUAGAUGAGCGCAUUGACGGCGUCGAUGUCAUCGAGGUACGCGCUGAUGGUGCAGUGUCGAUAUCCGCCCGGAAAGCCACGCUCGCGCAAGUCGAGGUACCUUCAGCGCAGCGUCAGGAGUUGAACAACAAGAAGCUGAGCAUCUGCUCUCACCUGUCAAGUCGAUUGUUCUCCAGCUGCUCGGCGUACAUCUGAUCCACGCCCGCCUCGCGCAGCAUCUUCGUCACCGACCACCAGCCGCGCUC